AUGAAACAACUCCCUCUUGUUGCAACUAUUCUUCUCAUUGCAUGUACAUUACUUUCAUCAUCUAUCCUCGGUUUCACUUUAUCGUUACGUCAGACGAACAUUCCCACAAUUAAUGACAUCUCCUCCUACAACACAACUGCAAAUAUUACGGAAAAUAUGAUCAAGGCCAUCGAUGCUGGAGUGACUGAAAUGGUUCAAACAGCUUCAUGGAGAAAGCUCUUCUCUGAUUUGAAUCUACCUUUCAACAUUCCUCAAUGUGUGAAAGCAGUUACUUCCUAUCCGCUCUCAAAUCCAUUUGUUGGAAUUGACACUUUGAACGUUUGUUAUGAGAGACCUACCGAUCCAUGGCUUGAAAUUUACAAACAAGGAGGUGAUAUGUUGGUUGCAAUUCUCAAUACUAAAUACGUAAUCAAUUUAAAAACAAAACAUUACUUUUUAAACACCACACUCUUGGGCUAUUUCGAAACAAUGCGAAAAGGUGUUGAUUCUGGAUUUUGUCACAUCAUCACAAGUGCUGCCAUUAACACCGCAGAGAGAGCUGCAAAAGUACAUUUCAAUUGUCCAAGUGGAACGUCAUCGCUUGCUUUUUUAAGAUCCGAACUCGACAACACCAACUCGACUCCAUUGUUCAACACGGUGAAAACACUCAAUGACUCGAGAGCCAUCAUUGCAGUCUUUGGAGGAGCUUACUUUGAAUCACAAGCGAGAGCUUUCUUCUCAGCGGCUCGACUAAUUGUAGUGAAUGGUGGUUUUGCAGAUAUUUGGCCAUACAUCUUAACGAAACAAGUUCAUGCCAUGAUUGGAGAUGCAGUGGAUGUUUCAAGUUGGUUAAAUAGCAACAAGAAUCAAUGUCAGAGAUGUUUUGUGUCCAUCAUGGGAGAUCCUUAUGAUUUCUCGAGUUUCACCACCAUGAAUUAUUUGAAAAAUUCAGCCCAUCAGAGAACAGCAUGGAAUUUAUCAUUCAUGGUUCUUGUUGCGGCCCUAAAUGUGUUGAUUGUCUCCAUUAUUAUGUAA